AUGACGGACACGGAAUUCCAGCUAGUCAGAGAGAUGAAGAAGAAUCCAGACGACGAUCGACAGAUGACGGAGUGCAUUGUCGCUGCACCGGGCGAGGAAGAAAGCGCCGAAAACAGAGGCGAAUCGGAUUUCGAUAUAGAGUUACCUGGGAUAGCUGACGAAGAACAGGCCAGACGGGGAAUGGGAGAACCACAGGAGGAAGAUGGCGGCGUAGGGGUGGGAGAGAUAGAGCAAGGAGAGGUAGAGAUUGAACCUGCAGAACAAGUGCGAGUUGAGGAUAGACUUGGAGAAGGGAUGGGAUCGAGUAAAACUGUGAGCAUCAGAAGGGCGAGGUAUUCACCGGAGUAUGCCAAGUCGACGGAACACUUGCUCACGCAUCUCCCAAAGAACAUGCAUUGCGUAGCUUGCCGGCAAGGAAAAGCAAUAAACGUACCGUUUAACAGGGGUGAGGGCAUCACUGACAAAGGUGCCGAGAAGUUCGGGGAGAGGGUCACUGCUGAUACGAUAGUGCUUCGCAGCAGCAAGGACAAGGGCAUUCGCGGGGAAAACAAUGCCAUCGUGUUGUUCGACUUCAAGACACAAUGGAUUCACUGCACGCCUGUGAAGUCUAGAGGUACGGAGGAGUUCGUACGAGCCAUCAAUGAGUUUCGAGGUCCGGAUAUGGUAGUGCAUCUGUAUGCAGACGGAGCUGGAGAGUUCUCAAAGGCAUGUGAUACCAUAGGAACAUGUAGGGCGACUUCUGCCCCAGGAUUACCUCGGACGAAUAGCAUAGCGGAGCUCAAGGUCAAAGAAGUCAUCUAUGGUGGCAGGGUACUGUUGCGACAAGCAGGACUAGAACCAAAAUGGUGGCCAUAUGCCGUGCAGACCUUCUGCUUCCGUAGAAACGUACAACAAGUGGACGGAGUGAGCCCAUACGGAAAAAGACAUGGCAAUGAACAAGAUAAGGUGAAAUUGAUUCCUUUCGGGGCCCUCGUCAACUAUCUCCCCAUAGCCGAGAAGCCUAGAAGAGCGGGCAAAGAGGACGCGGCCCUGCCCGAACGGGGGGAUCCUGAAAAUGACGCUCUCAAGAUUCUCGAAGCUGAUGAAGAUGUUUCGAGCAUGGCCUUGCCCUCUGAAACGAAGGAAACUAAGGAACAACGAUCGCAGAGGGAGGAAGAAUUGAGAGAGAUUGAUAGACAUGCGUUGAAAAUGGUCAUGACGCAGGACUUCAAUGUUCAACAAGCAAAGGACGUCAUCCUGAAGUUCACCUCGAUAGAAAAAGGAAUAGCGAAAAACUCGCGAAGCAUGGCUACCGGUAGAGGAUUCAUAGUCCUUGGAUUGUACGCAUAUGGAGGGAAGAUUGGUAUUACGAAUAGCGCCAAGGAAUAUCCGGGGAUAGCUAUGGUGUGCUGCGAGCUGAUAGCGAAAUGCUUUCCAGAAGCCACAUUUACUACGGUGAUUGUGUCUGUUGGAACCAGGAUGGGGCCACACAAGGACAAAUUCAAUGAGAGCCAGACAUACAACUUCGUAGUGCCGGUCAGCGAGCGGGCGGGUGAAGCCAUGAUCUGGACCGAAGAGGAACAGUGUGCGAGUGAGAGCGGUGACACUACAGGGGUGAAGAAAGAGGUUCUUCCGGGAAAAUGGGUGUGGGGAAGGACUCAGAGGGUUGAUGGUGGAUUAAAGUUCAAUCCCAGAGUUUGGCACGCUACCGAAGAUGCUUUGGCGCCGGAGGAUAGAGUGAUAGCGGUAGGGUAUACCCUGGCUGCGGGUAAGAAGGCAUCUAUAGACGGCAAAUGGAAGCUAACGAGGCUGGGUUUCAGAUUGGACGAGUACUUUGCGACGAUAGUGAAUAGUGUGUGUCAGGCCGCGUGUGCAGACGAUGGUGAGAUCGGGGAAGAAUAUGUAGAUCACGACGCCGAGAUAGAGCGAACGUAUGCCAUGGCAUCCAAGGCGAAGUUCGACACGCCGACAUCACCUGGAUUAUUCCUCGGGUACGCGCUUCAACCGGGGGGUGUUCCUAGCGGAGACUAUAUAGUGGUUGAGCUCGCACACCUGUUCCACGGGUGGACGGUACCGUCGAUACACCGCGUGAAGAGGAUAGUACUUGACGAGGGGAUGCCCAACUACUUCCCGAUGCAAGCUGUGGCUGAUAGAAAGUCGAGAAUCAUGACAGCGACUCGAGCCGAUGCUCUGGCUAGACUGGAGCUGGAAAGCGGAGAAGAGACGGAGGAAAUCUUCGCAGAAGAGAGAAGGGUCCGGGCCGAUGUAAUGAGACAAAUCAAGUGUGAUGAUCAGCAUCUUCGAGAUGGAGAUUUUUGGGAACACGAUGAGAUAGACCAUUCGUGGACGCUGCAUCACAUCCUACCUCGAAAAGAGUUGUGUACCCCAGGAGACGAAGUCAAAGGGACAGGCGGCCCCGGAGACAGAGAACUAGGCCCGAGGAGGCGAACGUGGAUAGUGUAUGCGAAUGGUACAUCUGAGGUGCUGGAUGAGGAUAGGAUGAAGGGUAAGAAGAAGAUCACCAAGAAGUGGACGGGGUGCACUACAUUCUGGGAAAAAGGAGAACCCGAAGGAGAAAUCGACGUUGAAGCCAAGGAGCGAGCGCGAGGAGAGAAAGCGACGGGUAUGCGGGGAGUGGGUCUUGAUUACGAGCAGGAUAUGCCCAGGAUAGAACGACCGUACGCGAGAUCUCACAAACCCAACUCAAUAUCGUCGGCAGAGUGGAAUAGGAUGAGCCCGGGACAACGACUACGGAUCAUCAGAGGGGAGAGGCCCCCUUCUGCUGCUCGAGGGCAAGAGGGGAUAGAACCACGUCCUGCAGAACUUGGGGAUCGAAAGUGGAUGGAGAAAAUCACUGACCACGGUCAGGACUUUUCACCGCAGGAAUAUCGAUGGGAUCCCCCAUCGGGAAUGCCAGAGGGUGGACGAGUGUGGGCAGUAAGAAACAAUCGAGCUACAUCAUACCGGUUCUAUACAGGAAGGGACAAAAGGCGACUGGAGCUCUGGUGGAGGAUUACUCGGAGCGCUAACACAGGAGAGGUCUUAGAAUCGAUUGAGUAUGACUCAUGCAUACAGGCAGAGAUGAUGCGGAAUAGAGGGAGAUACCGGUUUGUUGUCCCUCGGGAUAUCGUCACGGAGUUCUGGUACGUCCCCGACGGAGGAGAAGACCGACGGAACAGGGAUAGAGGUGAACAAGCAGAGCCUGCGGCGCCGGCAACCAGGAUGGGAGGCGCUAAGGAGAUCACGAAGACCAUCAAUCAGUUGUGCAGCUCAGCUGGAAUAGCGCGAGCGCCGUCAGACAACAUCAUCGGGGAAAUGAUGAGAGAGUUAGGCGAACAGCCGAAAGUGCAAAUUAUGGAGGUCGGAAUAGAGGGUAUCAACGAUGACGGUGGUACGAAUCCCUCUUGGAUAUCGGGAGAAGGAUGUGCGAUAGAAGAAGGCGUGACGGAUGUGGUCAUCGCUAUUGAUGCGUCUGACGAAGGCAUGAGAAUGGAGGCUGAUCGAAAGACAUCUGGUUGGAGACGUGAGGAAGGUCAAGGUAGCACAGUGUUCGGCAAUAUAGAGAAGGUUAUCUCCGACGCCAACAGCAGAGGAAUAGUGGCCACGGCCAUCUGGGUAGGAGGUAAAAGCCGACUGGCGGACGAGACCAUUGUUCGAAUGGCGCUUGCCUGGGACAUGUGGAUAGUAAGGAGUGACGGAUGUAUGCUGGGAAUGCAUGAAGGGGUGGACGCGUCGUGCUACAUAGGAAUGAUCACGCCAUGCAUGAUGAAUGCGAUCGCAGCUGACAUGUUAGUGUGGUACGAGAACGUGAUAGAUAUCUGCGGCGAGGAAGAGACUGACUCGGUGUCAAUGGCAUGUGAAGAACACGAGGGAGAGUACCUCGGAUAUGGCAGCGGUAUAGUAAUGGGGGAAGUCUUCGGACCUCGGGCGAAGAACAUCCAGGACUUGCGUGUGAUCAUGGUUGACGGCGACGACAUAGGCAAGGUUAUGAUGAUGAAGCCAGAUAGCCACCGCACCAGACAUAGCACCGAAGGGGCUGCAGUAGCUUAUCCUGGAGAAGAGCUGGAGGAGGAACGGGAAUCCGUGGAUGAGGCGUUCUUCAGGGUCGGGCACGCGGAAACCAUCAACAUCGAGACUAUGGAAAAGGGCGAGUGCAACAUAGUCAUGUGGGAGGCAGGGAGAAGUGAGACACCGCCGGGCACAUCGGGAGAGCAAGAAAGCAAUCUGGGCGAGAGAGGAUACCAAAACGAAGAAGAGGAAUAUGGAGAUGGAAUAGUCGCGGUUCCUGCCAUAGAGAUAGACGGAGAUCAAGAGGAUAGUUGGGAAGAAGUUGCGGACGCCGAGAAUAGCGAUAGCUUCGACGAAGCGCUGGGGGAGUGUGAGCCCUUGAUGGCGACCAUCGUCGAGGACGAAGAGGAGGACAUCGAGGAAGUAUUCGGACUGGUCGCGAGGCCCGUCACGAAGGCUGAAAGGGCUAUUAACCCUAAGGCCCGCGCGGCGCUUGAUAAGGAAUGGAAGAAGCUGAUGGACCAGGUGGUAUGGAUAAUGGAUGAGGUUCGAUCGUGGAAGGAUGUUCAGCGGGAGGCGAUGGAUAGAGGGGAGGUAGCACACGUGGGUCGUAUCUUCGACAUCUGUGUGGAAAAGAACUGGGAACUUGCUGAAGACGAUCCUCUUAGAAAAUAUAAGGGGAGAGUUGUGUUCGAGGGAUGUCAUGUUAAGGACCAGGAAGGAAAAUGGGCCAUUUUCCAGGAGAUCACAUCGUGCCCCGCCACGCUCGAGGCAGGAAAGAUGGCAGACGCCUAUGGGAUGUUGCCAGGACAUGACAUUGAGAUGUCGGACGGCGAGUCGGCGUAUACCCAGGCACUGUUGGGAGGGCCAAAGACAUGGAUACGGAUCCCGAGGGAUAGAUGGCCAGACGAAUGGGAGGGGAUAGAUGACCCAGUGGUACCACUGAGGCUGGCGCUAUACGGGCAUCCGGAUGCCGGGGGGUUCUGGGAGAAGCAUUUUGAGAAAGCUGUGACUGAAGUUGGCUUCGAAUUCCUCCCGGAUUGGCCAAGCGUGUUCUUCCAUCGAGAGCUGAAGCUAAUGCUGGUGAUCUAUGUGGAUGACUUCAAGCUUGCGGGUCCCAAGGAGAAACUAGCGAUAGGAUGGGAGAAGUUGGCGAAGAGGAUUAAGCUUGAAGAGCCGCGAAGCAUGGGCAGGUACUUGGGGUGCUUGCACACAGCCAGCUCGGUGCCUUUUCGGUCGCCGUUUGAGCCGAGACAUGAAUGGACGAAGAUAAUCGAGCCGAAGAAGGAACCGCCCAAUUUCGUGGGGAAGGCUGAAGUGAAGGAUGAUAGUCCCGAUGAGAUCAGGAUUCUUCGGUACGAUGUAACCGAUUUCAUGAAGCAGUGCGUGGAUAGAUACCAAGAGUUGUGCUCGACGGCAUAUCCGAAGCCAUUGGAUAGAGCUAAGACCCCAUAUCUCGACGAGAGCCGUCCAGAGUUCGAUGAGAACCCAGUGAAUGACAAGGUGAAUGAAAUUAUGGGGAUAGCCAAGUAUGAGCUGCCGGACGAUGGGCCGGGAGUACUGAAAGAACACGCUCCAGCGGUCCUCAUGAAGAUCUUGUACGGGGCGGAGAGGGAGUAG